UCACUACUCAAGCAGACUUCAUUUAGGGAAGCCUAUAGGUAUGAAGCCGCCUGUCUUCUCUCGGACGUUCCUUCAAUGAAACUCCUCGUUGGCGGCGGAGACAGCGGCAUGUGCGCGGAUGUAUUCGAGAGCGAAAGAAGUGACUUUGACUUUUCCUCCAACUUGUAGCAACCAGCCCUCUGUUUGUCAGUGACUUUAGAGCUUGGUGAAACUUUUUUUUUUUUUCCUCUUCCCGUGAAUGAGGCUGGCACAUCUGGACGCAGGGCUGUCGGAGCUGUCAAGUCCAGCGCAAAGUUUUAGACGGACGUGACUUUGGUUUAUUUAUCCCUGAACUUAGAAGUUAGACCGGAACCAAUUUGAGUUAAAAUAUCCUCCUAUAUAUUUUUUUUCAACUUCAAAAGACAAUACUUUAUUUUAUUUUAUUUUUUUUAAAUGAGCGCAAACAUGGAACACUCGGUCCUCAGACUGACGUGCGUCUUGGUGGUUAUCUGUCUGCUGGAUAGAAGGGUGGAUUCGAAUGAGAUCUUAGGUCUGAAGCUCCCCAACAUCGAACCCAUCCUGAAUGCCAACACGGUUUGUCUGACGCUACCCGGGCUGACGAGACGCCAGCUGGAGGUGUGCAUGCGUAAUCCAGACGUGACGGCUUCGGCAAUCCAGGGGAUCCAGAUUGCCAUCCACGAGUGCCAGCACCAGUUCAGAGGGCACCGCUGGAACUGUUCCAGUCUGGAGACCAGAAACAAAAUACCCUACGACAGCAUAGUCUUUAAAAGAGGCUUUCGAGAGAGUGCCUUUGCGUAUGCAAUCGCCGCAGCAGGGGUGGUGCACGCGGUGGCCAACGCCUGCUCCAUGGGAAAACUGAAAGCAUGCGGCUGCGACGAGAAGCGUCGUGGGGACGAGGAGGCGUUUCGACUCAAGCUUAGUCGCUUGCAGACAGAGGCCAUCCAGAGAGGGAAGGGGAUGGUUCACGGCGUGAUGGAGCACUACCCUGCCGACCUCUCUGGACUGCAGCCAGACACCUGGGAGUGGGGUGGCUGCAGCCCCGAUGUGGAAUUCGGGGAAAAGUUCUCACGGGACUUCCUGGAUGCCCGUGAAACCUACAGAGACAUCCAUGCAAGAAUGAGGCUGCAUAAUAAUAAAGUUGGAAGGCAGGUGGUGCUGGACAACAUGAAAAGGAAAUGCAAGUGCCAUGGCACGUCGGGGAGCUGCCAGCUCAAGACCUGCUGGCAGGUCACGCCAGAGUUCCGGCUGGUGGGCUCAAUCCUAAAAGAGCGUUUCCACAUUGCCACUCUUAUCAAGGCUCAGAACAGGAAUAACGGCCAGCUGGACCAUUCCAACCAUAACAACCACAACAACCACAACAACCACAACCAUCACCACUAUCACAGUCAUCGAGAAAACCACCACUCGCAUCGGCGGCGGCUUAACAUCAGGGAGCUGGUGUAUUUUGAGAAGUCGCCUGAUUUCUGUGAGCGGGACCUUAGCUCAGACUCAGCGGGCACGCAGGGCAGGAUCUGCAACAAGACCAGCCCUGGGAUGGACAACUGUGAGAGCCUGUGCUGCGGCAGGGGGCACAAUAUCUUGCAGCAGACGCGCAGCGAGCGCUGCAACUGCAAGUUUCACUGGUGCUGCUACGUGGUCUGCGAAGAGUGCAGGAUAACAGAGUGGGUCAGUGUUUGCAAAUGAAGAAAAACACAUUAUAAGACUCAAGACAUAAAAAAACACAGCCAUAUGCCCCAAUCUUUAUUGUCAUAGACUGCAGUUUUUUUGUUGCAGAGAAGUCGCGGAAGGACGGUGUGACGCAUUUGAAGCGGCUAAAGGAAACUUGUGUUGGUUGGUGUAGAGUGUGCAUUUGCAGGAGUUGCCAGAGGUUGCCAUAAGCCAGGGUAAAAAGGAUAUGCACCACCCUUCUUUGAAGACUAUGGAACAUAGUUACAGUAAAAGAAACAUCUCAACUAAAUGCACAAAGGAUGCAUUACCCUUACUGAGAAAAGUGGAUUGCAUUAGAAAGAAUAUACGAUUUCUUCAGAGCUUUAAUGGUAGAUAAUCUUCAUAUCCUUUAAAAUUCUGAUCUGUUUUGUACAUUUUAAGAUUAUUCAUACACUAAACAGUACAUUUGGCAAAGUCCAGCCAUUUUCAAGUCCCUCGACCACCACCUACAGACACAACUGUAAAAACUUAACAGAGUUAACUUAAAACAACAAACAAUAUUUCGGCGCUUGCAGAUUUUGUGCCUUCUUGAAGGGCAGGUAAGGUGUUAAAAUAUUUAUUUAUAGCAGCUGUCACGUUGCACAUAUGGCAGACCAGGUCUAUCUGAUACGUUGUAAAUCCUCCAGUCAAUGUUAUUAUGUCGUGUGUAAUAAAGCAGAACCAUGCAAACAACAUUGGCAUCUUUCAAAGAACACAGGUGCUCAUUUUGGGUCCAAAAUCAGCUCCCACAAUGGACUGAACUGAUUAAAUGGCUGCAGCCAUGACCCCUGAAUGGCUUAUGGUAUCACCAGCCAAAAGACAGCUCUGAAGCUGCAUGUAGGUGCUGCUUAAUGGAAUUCUUCAUGGCACACCUCCACCGUCUUCAAAUGGAGAAAAUAAAAAUUAAGAUCCAAGUACCACUUCUAAACACUAGGCACUUGGACCCACUUGAAGAUAACCACAGACACAAGUUCGUGCCACUGUUUUCGGACCACCACAUAACACAGCACAGAUAUGCAACCCUCAGUUCCCUGUGUCAUGUGUGGUCUGUGUGAUGUUACACGUGAUAUAAGAAGAUGGUCAGAGUGCACAGUAGACCCAGCAAGUCCGCAUUUAAUCUUUGACGUGAUCUAAACAGCACUGUAAAUAAAAUAAGAAAAGAGUAAAAGCUGCACAACUGCCAUCGAUAAUGUUCUAGUGUGUCAGGAAAUUAAGUGCACAUGAACAAGCUCCAGUGUCACACACAGUAUAAACAUCCUUAAGAGACAUCUCUCAAAGUCUUUCUUGUUUUGUGACGCAAUGUCUCGUGUGCAACACUGUAAGCUUCUUGUUGUAUGUACACUCACUUGCUUUACAGAUUAUCAGUGUGUACUAUAGGGAUAUCCUGAUUUCAGCUUCAGAGUAUAUAAGGACUCGUAUAAGUAAGCUACUUAUCAGAUGGUGUAAUUUAUUUAAAACAAUUUAUUUUCUGUGUUGAAAACAGAAAAGCAGGAAUCUGAGAUUGUGUAGCCAGUGUAACUGAUAAGUGGUUUGCACAUACUAAGCAGUGUCCAGGAGAACUUUGAACGAUGUCAGCUAUAUGUAUUCUAAGUGUUAAAUGUAAUGUAUGUUUGUAUUUUUAUGUUUUAAUAUGGUUAUUAUCUAAGUUAUUUUAUUUUUGUGGAUAACUUAAUAUUUGUAAGACAAUAAAAAGAGACUGUGUUCAUGAAA